UUGACGUUAUAAAUGAUUUUUAUGCAUAAAAUUGCAAAACCAAAACUCUUAUAAUAUGCGUGAUGGUUCCAAAACUUUGCAUCUCUAGGAAACCAGUUAACCUUAAACUAAGGGGAAUGCGAAACACAUGAUUCAUAGCAGUACAAACUUUCUUCAUUAUUCCCAAUCUUUGCUCAGUUGACAUAUAUCACUCUCAUCUCAUCCGAUCCAACAAGACGAUUAUCGUACCUCCGUCGUCGUGAAUGUGAUUGCACAUCCCUCCUCCCCAUGUUUAUAUCUGGAUAAGGAAAUUGAACAGAGACCAGGAAUUCUCGUCUGGACUUUGAAUCCUUUGUUUCAGGGUUCCUCUGCAAAUUAUGCUUGAUGUUUAAGAGCUCUUGUAAACAUGGAGAAAGAUUCAUACGAAAAAUCUAAUCAUACCAAUCAUGGUCUUCAGAUUAUAAAGCACCCCUCUUACCCAUCAUAUGGUAAACGAUUAAUAUCUUGGUUUGAUAUCCGUGUGUUCUACGUUAGAAUAAGCAAUUUCAUGAUUGACGGAUAUACCCCUCAAUAUCUCACCCUCAACCAUAUCCCAUUAGACCCUGAUACUGUCCUUGAAGUAAAUGGUAGAAGAUGUAGCCUCCAAUCAGAGGGUAGUUCUUGUCGCCUAAAAAAGAACAGAGUAGACAAGAAAUUUGAAGAAGCUACUUUUGUAAGUACAGACAGUAUAAGAUUGUCAGGUGGUGUGAAGUUUGAGGUUUUUGAUGGUGAAGAUCUGAUUCUUUUUGGGACUUUGGAGAUGUCAAAUGAAUCAAAAGAUAACGAUAAUGGGAAGUGGAGUAUGAGUUGUGAAUCAAUGAUUUGUGGUGGAAAUGGGUUUUUGAAGGGUGGUGAUUCAUAUUCAUUGCCACCUAUGAUUGAAGUUUAUGUUGCGGGAUCGUUUUCUGGGACACCGAUUAUUUUGACAAAAACUUUACAGAUUAGUCUCAAGAAGAAGCAAAAUCGGAAAGGAAUGUUGGAUUCCAUUCCAGAGUAUGGGAGUGCGGAAUCGGAAUCUCGUAAAGACGUUGUACCUGGACUUGAUCUUCAGCUAGGUGGAUAUGGGAAUUACAAGGGUGGAAAUGAGAAUCAUGAGAAUUAUGAGAUGAGCCCGUAUUGGAAUCAAAUGGAAUACUUGGAAGGAGAAGAUGGAGCACUCUCGUGGUUCAAUGCCGGAGUGAGAGUCGGAGUCGGAAUUGGGCUUGGUGUUUGUCUCGGGGUUGGAAUUGGAGUUGGUCUUCUUGUUCGAACAUAUCAAUCUACCACUCGAAACUUUAGAAGGCGGCUAUAGUAAUUCCUCUUAUUCCUUUUUGUGUUUUUAUUAUUUCUUUUCAAAUUUUGGUUAUAUUCUAUAAAGGGUGUAGAAAACAACUUUCUUUGGCAUAAGUUUUAUCACCAAAUCGAUGUGACGUUGACCCAAGUGUUUGGCAUAAGGGUUUAGGGUUUAUGUAUUGUCUAUAUUAAGUUUUAGUAUUUUUCAUAAUUAAGGAACUCUAUGAAUAUACGGAUUUGCAAAAAGUUAGGUA